AUGGAGGUGGAGGGAGGAGGGAAUGAUUGGGGUGGGGUUGUUGCAGAUAGGGCGAGGUUGGAGGUACGGACGGGAGGCUCCGAGCCUUGUUUAGGGUUUUUGGGGGACAUGAGGGUCUAGAGUUCUCCCCCACAGGCUGGGCUAUCAUAGGAUGGGGGGGUAGAGGGGGUUUAAACCGGCGUUCUGGCGUUCUGGCGUUCUGGCGUUUUUCUUUUUUACUUGGGCCUAUAUUACUUUCUGGGAUACACUUGGGAUAGAUCUCUUUACUAUCUCUAUCAUACUACCACACUACUUGUAAUCCAUAAUAGAGUGCCCGAUAAAGCACUGUAUAAAUAA